GCGUACGAGGCGGUGACAAUGGGAGCGGCGCGGGCGGCGCCGGGAGGCAGCUGACAGGCGUCUGCGGCUUCACUUCAUGGCCGCUUUCCCGCCCCGCCUGGGCUCUGCGGGGAGCGGGGCGGCCCGCGGCGGCCGGGAGCCGGAGCUGGCGAGCCGAGCAGAGACCUGUGCGCGGCGCCGCUGAGGCGCAGCAUGUGAAGAAGAGACGGCAUCCAGUACGAGGCGAGCCUCUCAGCCGGCCGGGAUGGCCACGACGGCCGAGCUGUUCGAGGAGCCUUUUGUGGCAGAUGAGUAUAUUGAACGUCUUGUAUGGAGAACCCCAGGAGGAGGCUCUAGAGGGGGACCUGAAGCUUUUGAUCCUAAAAGAUUAUUAGAAGAAUUUGUAAAUCAUAUUCAAGAACUCCAGAUAAUGGAUGAAAGGAUUCAAAGGAAAGUAGAGAAACUAGAGCAACAGUGUCAGAAAGAAGCUAAGGAAUUUGCCAGGAAGGUACAAGAUCUCCAGAAAAGCAAUCAGGUUGCCUUCCAACAUUUCCAGGAACUAGAUGAGCACAUCAGCUAUGUAGCAACCAAGGUCUGUCACCUUGGAGACCAGUUGGAGGGGGUAAACACACCCAGACAACGGGCAGUAGAGGCUCAGAAAUUGAUGAAAUACUUUAAUGAAUUUCUAGAUGGAGAAUUGAAAUCUGAUGUUUUUACAAAUUCUGAAAAGAUAAAGGAGGCAGCAGACAUCAUUCAGAAGUUGCACCUAAUUGCCCAAGAGUUACCUUUUGAUAGAUUUUCAGAAGUUAAAUCCAAAAUUGCAAGUAAAUACCAUGACUUAGAAUGCCAACUGAUACAGGAGUUUACUGGUGCUCAAAGAAGAGGUGAAAUCUCCAGAAUGAGAGAAGUAGCAGCUGUUUUACUCCAUUUUAAGGGUUAUUCCCAUUGUGUUGAUGUUUAUAUAAAGCAGUGCCAGGAGGGUGCUUACUUGAGAAAUGAUAUAUUUGAAGACGCAGCAAUACUCUGUCAACGGGUGAACAAACAAGUUGGAGAUAUCUUUAGUAAUCCAGAAACAGUGCUGGCUAAACUUAUUCAAAAUGUAUUUGAAAUCAAACUACAGAGCUUUGUGAAAGACCAGUUAGAAGAAUGUAGGAAGUCCGAUGCAGAGCAGUAUCUCAAAAGUCUCUACGAUUUAUAUACAAGAACCACAAAUCUUUCCAGCAAGUUGAUGGAGUUUAACUUAGGUACUGAUAAACAGACUUUCUUGUCUAAGCUUAUCAAGUCCAUUUUCAUUUCCUAUUUGGAGAACUAUAUUGAAGUGGAGACUGGAUAUUUGAAAAGCAGAAGUGCUAUGAUCCUACAGCGCUAUUAUGAUUCAAAAAACCAUCAAAAGAGAUCGAUUGGCACAGGAGGUAUUCAAGAUUUGAAAGAGAGAAUUAGACAGCGUACCAACUUACCACUGGGACCAAGUAUCGAUACUCAUGGAGAGACUUUCCUAUCCCAAGAAGUGGUGGUUAAUCUUUUACAAGAAACCAAGCAAGCCUUUGAAAGAUGUCAUAGGCUCUCUGAUCCUUCUGAUUUACCAAGGAAUGCCUUUAGAAUUUUUACCAUUCUUGUGGAAUUUUUAUGUAUUGAACAUAUUGAUUAUGCCUUGGAAACAGGACUUGCUGGAAUUCCUUCUUCAGAUUCUAGGAAUGCAAAUCUCUAUUUUUUGGAUGUUGUGCACCAGGCCAAUACUAUUUUUCAUCUUUUUGACAAGCAGUUUAAUGAUCACCUUAUGCCACUAAUAAGCUCUUCUCCUAAGUUAUCUGAAUGCCUUCAGAAGAAAAAAGAAAUAAUUGAACAGAUGGAGAUGAAAUUAGAUACUGGCAUUGACAGGACAUUAAAUUGUAUGAUUGGACAAAUGAAGCAUAUCUUGGCUGCAGAACAAAAGAAAACAGAUUUUAAGCCAGAAGAUGAAAACAAUGUUUUGAUUCAGUAUACUAAUGCCUGUGUUAAAGUCUGUGCUUAUGUAAGAAAACAAGUGGAGAAGAUUAAAAAUUCCAUGGAUGGGAAGAAUGUGGAUACAGUUUUGAUGGAACUUGGAGUACGUUUUCAUCGACUUAUUUAUGAGCAUCUUCAACAAUAUUCCUAUAGUUGUAUGGGUGGCAUGUUAGCAAUUUGUGAUGUUGCUGAAUAUAGGAAGUGUGCCAAAGACUUCAAGAUUCCUCUGGUAUUACAGCUUUUUGAUACUCUGCAUGCACUUUGCAAUCUUCUGGUAGUAAACCCAGAUAAUUUAAAGCAAGUCUGCUCAGGAGAACAACUUGCUAAUCUGGACAAGAACAUUCUUCACUCCUUCGUACAACUUCGUGCUGACUAUAGAUCUGCCCGCCUUGCUCGACAUUUCAGCUGAGGUUGAAUUUACAAGGGCAGUGUGUUGUACUUCAGCAGGCCUUGGUUGAUAGAAAGCACAGGCGGUUUCUUAUGACACAGCCAACAUUUUAUUGAUAAAUGACUGUUUAGAAAAACAGCAGCCAUACUUACCCUUGAGAUUUUAUUUGAAAUUUGGACACUACUAAGCAUAUUUUGUUCUUUUCCCUUAAGUUGGAUUUUAAUUCCGUUUUUGAACUUAUAAAUUUCAAACUCUGUAAAGCUAUAUGUCAUUGUUUUCAUCCUGGAAAAUGUUAGUGUCAGAAGGCAAAUGAGAUGUUACCAGUGUUCUGGUUCAUGUUCUUUAACAUAGUCCAUUGGGAAAUUUCACCAUCCUGUUUUGCACUAAAGAUGGGUAAAAUCCAGCAAAACUACAUUUAUUAUUUAUCAAUUUUCAGUGACCUUUUCAGCACUGGUAAUUGUGAAUCAGGUUAUUUUAGGUUUUCCUAGAGAACUUUCUGCUUCUUUCAGAAGGUUAAUUAACAAUUGGGCAUAAUUUCUGUAGUUGGUUGAUUGGAUUUUUCUGAGGUACAACAAUAAUACUAUUCCAAGAAAAAUGUUAUAAACAAAACUAAAAUGAUGAAAUGUUUUAUGUAGGUAUUAGCAGUGGAUCAGAAUACAUCUGCUUUCUGGGUAAAAAAAAAAACUUAAAUGUUUACAAUUUCUUAUUUGGUAAACAGAUUUUUAAGCCAAUACUAGCAAGAAAUUAAUAAAAUUACCUUAUUUUAUAUUUUGCUUAAGAUAAGGUGGAGGAUCUUAAUUAAAGGACCAUAUUUAUUCAUUAUUUUAAUAUUACAAGGGAAGUAAAAAAAUGAGGUGUGGUCUAAAUGGUGCAUAUGAGAAGUAUUGACAGUGUUUAGCAACAAUGCAGUCCUUUAAGAUUUCUACCUUUAUGCAAAACUGGAAUAAGAUGGAAUGGCUAAACAUGCAGGUAGUCUUCUAUUUUAAGAGGAAUUGGGAAUUGAUAGUUAGCAUUAUAUUCUAAGUCUCGAGAUAAACUUUGCAAGGACUAGUUGCUUUUUAAAUCUAUAGUUUCUGUCAUUACCUUUUUCAGGGCAUUUCUGAAGCGAUUCCUACUGAAUGUAGUUAAUUGAAUUGGCUUAAUAUGGUGGCAUAAUAAAUCACUUAUAAAAUUUUAAACAUCAAGCAGAAAUUUAGAAAUAUCUUUACUCUAAAAACUAUAAACUUGCUCUGUGAGAAUGCAUUCUUAGCUAUAUGUAGUGUUUCAGCUUUCAUUGUGUUUUUCAUAGUCUUCAGGAACAGAUAAACUUUAAUGUUCAACUCAUUCUUGACUUUUCUUUUUCCUUUAAUGUAGGCUUUUUGGCCUAAUUUUGGAAAACUAAUUUUAAGAAUAUGUUUCUGGGGCUUCCCUGGUGGCGCAGUGGUUGACAGUCCGCCUGCCGAUGCAGGGGACACGGGUUCGUGCCCCAGUCUGGGAAGAUACCACAUGCCACAGAGCGGCUGGGCCCGUGAGCCAUGGCCGCUGAGCCUGCGUGUCCGGAGCCUGUGCUCCGCAACGGGAGAGGCCACAACAGUGAGAGGCCCGCGUACCGAAAAAAAAAAAGAAAAAGAAAUAUGUUUCUGAAUGUUCAUCAGCUUUACCCAAACUUCCAGGUCCAGAGCGAGCUAGCUACUGUUUAAGUUACUAUUGACUGAAUUUUCUUCAUUUUCUGUUUAGCCCAGUGUUAUCAGGGUAAGCAAGAGAAAUGAAGUAUGCCAACUUUUGUCAAAGCAUUUUAGGAAAUUGUGGCAGCUUUAGAAGGCUGUCUAAUUUUCUAUUCCUUAGCCAAAGGAAAGCCAGAACAGGUUUUGGUUACUAGAGAAAGUCAUAUGCUUGUACUAUUGCCAUUUUAGAAAGCUCUGAUGUGAAUUCAAAUUAUACCUCUGUUACUUAAAGCCAACAAUUUUAAAGCAGUAGUUUUACUGGCCACUUGAACUCUUUGUACACAGUGUCAAUUUGUAAAAAAAUAAAAAAGGGAAAAAAAUAUCAAAUAAAACAUGAGAGAACACUUUAAGACUUCCAAAUCAGAAAAGUGCUUCAAAUUAUUUUGUUUGGAUUAAUUUUUUAAAUGUAAAACAUAUAUUUGUUGCUUAGAUAUUUUGUUAAUUAUUAUUUCCAUGUUUGAGUUCUGUGCAAUAUUUUCCAUUAUGUCCAUUGACAGGACAGUAACAAAGAAAACUCAUAAGUGACUACUUAAUUUAGAAGUGUUAACAUUAAUGCUCAAUAAACAAAUUCCCUGCAAUUGUUUUUUUUUUAUUUCACUCCAUUUUUACAUUUUGAGGACAUACAUACUGAAUUUUAUAAAUUAUUUUUUAUUUAAAUUUUUAAGAUGUUUCUUAUUUUUCAUAGCAUAGGUCUUCCUUUUUAAGCAGAAAAAUACUUGACUAUAUAAUCAAAAUUAGAAACAGAUUGUCUUUCUCUAAGAAAAAAAAUUUGUUAUAUAAAGUAGUAUGCAUUCUUUGCAUUCAUUGUAUUUCAUUUUGAAAGUAUUUUUCAUAUUAAUGGACACUACAAAAUUCUCAAAAUAUAUGGCUCAAAAGAGAUGGUCAAUAAGUAAAAUGUUUUUCAUAUGCACAUGGUAAAAUUUUAGGUAGCGAUAAUGGAACUUUGUAUAUCAGUAACUUUAGUCAACAUUUGAAUAAGGAAAAUCUUUAUAAUUUUCUGUAGUUUCACAUGAGCUAACAUGCAAUGUUUAGAUAAUGUUUUGAAAUUGAAAAUAGACUCUUAAACACUGCAUUUUUAGAAAAUGCAGAAACACUCGAUAAAAAGCUUGAGUGUAUUAUGUUUUCAUAACACAGAAAGUGAAAUAUAGAACACAGGUUUAAGAAGGAAGUGUAACUUCUAUAAGUUAUGAUAUUGAAAAUGACAGCUAACCAAAGUAGCUGAAUACUUCUUAUGAGGAAUUGUUAAAUAAUGGCUGGUUGCAUCUUUAGACAGUUGGUUAUCUGACUAUUUCAAGACAGUUAUUAGUAGCCUCAUUUUGAAUAUCCCCAUGUUUGCAAGUCCCUAGCACCUUUCUUGUUUUAAAAAGAGCUUCUAAGUAAGUUAAUUCAUGGUAUAUUUUAGACCAUCCCUUUCCUUUCACUUUAAAUAUAUCACUCUGAAUAUCAGCCUUCUCACUCACCAUAAAAUAAUUUAAUUAGCCAGUAGAUCGACUCAAAGUGGAGAAUUUACUGCUUCCUUAAAAUGCCUUUUUCUCAUCUAUGAUGGUGAAAUAUUUACAUCUAUCUAGAUAAAGAGAUUUUUGUUCUUGAAAUGCCACAAAACCCAUUAAGGUGGUCAUGUUUAUGAAGUAGUGCUUAAGGCAUGCUUGAACUGCACGUGAGAGUAAGUAAGGUUCCCUGGGUGCAUAAUUUGUUAGUGACUUUAAAAGCUCAGAUCUGGGAGUUUAAUUUUUUUUUUAAUACAAAAAUAUUCUAUGUAUUACCGUUUAUUGCCCAUUGACUCAGAAGUAUGACAUAUUUUCUAGAAGCAUAGUGAUUUCUAGUGGAGAAUUCGACAUAUGAAGCAUUCUGAGCUUUCAUCCAAUUAGUUUAACUAUAUUCAGUCCCUGUAGUACUUCUCUCUGCUUGAAGAAGUCUGUCCUGAAAUACGUUGUGUACUUUGGAGGAAAAGACCAGUCCAUAUUGUUACUGUAAAUAAUUCUACAUAAAGUAAAAAUAGCAUUUAAAAAUUUUUGAUGCGUAAUAAAGUAUAGCUAUAUUUAUUGACUUUAGUCCCAUGCACUGUGCUAAGCCCUUUACAUAUAUUAUCUCAUUUGGUUUCAAAGGAGCCCUAGGAGUAGGGUACUGUUAUCUCCAUUUGACAGACCCUGUGCACAGAAAGUUUUAAGUAGAUCUGCUCAAGGUCUACAGCUAAGUAAAAGACUCAGAUAGAAACCUGAAUGUUUCUCACACUUUAUCUUCUAUACACUGUUCUCCUUAUGCAACAUAAAAUAUUGUUUGAUAGGCUCUUUAGUUUUGCUUAGUCUAAUUUUCUUUUCAGCCAAUGUUUGGUUCUCGUUGUAGUGUUUAGAUUAUGAAGUUGAGAUACAGGGCUAAUAUCUGAUUUACUGUUAGACUUUUUCGUAAUGUGUCCGGUGUGUGGUCAUACUUUUAUAAAAUUUGGUUUUUAAAAUUUUAUAAGUGGUCAUGAAAUUUUAAUUGAAUAUUAAGUGUGUACCUACUAGAAAUCUUUCCAUCAAAAAGUUCUUUAGUGAGUUAUUUUGCAUAAUCAUAAUACUGUUUGAGUAAUUUUUGCAACAGAAAGACUUCAGGUAUUUUGUACCAUAUUUUGUAACAUGGGAGUGAAUGACAACUCUACCUUGAAAGAUAUGAAGAAAUCAGUAUUUCUACCUUCAAAAACAGACUAUUUUAAUGUCACAAGUUUGCCAAUUCUGUUGUUUAUUUAGUGCAUUGGUAGUUUUAAAUGGCUAAUGCUGGAGUGAAAACAUGGAGAAAAAUGUACUCAAUGUAUUAGCAAUAGGGGUCAUUUUUAUGUAAUCAAAUAUUGCAUAUUUAAUCUUUUUAAAAUUGCCUUAACUCUUAACUUUUAUUCUUACCACUGAUCAAUCUUUCUCUUUCCAAAUUUAGGGGAGAAACAAUCCUCAAGUGUAUAUAGGAGAGAAACCUGACACAUUAGAGAGUAAGAAUUUUAAUUGGUGAUUUGAAGCAGCUGGGUUGAUAACCCUGGGCUUAACAAGACUGAUAUUUUUAAACUAGGCCCUGUAUACUUUAACAUUGUUAUCUGGGAGGUAACACUAAACUUCAGUUCUUGUGAUUAAUAACACUUCUGUGGCGGAGAGACAGGUAAUUAACUAUACUUGCUCAUUUUCUAAGUGGUUUAGAAGGUUGCAGUCUGCCUCACCAUACAAAGCUAAUUUAAAUAUGAAUAUAUAACAGUCAUACUCCAAACAGCAAACAAGCUCAGAGGAAAGUCAUUUAUUCAGAAGGCAUAGAUUUGCACUAGACAGCAGUGAUGCAUUACAAAUAUAUAAUUAUUUUUACUAAUAUUUGAGCAGGUGGAAUGGAUUAGAACAUGGUCAACAUUAUGCUGCUGCUAACAUGUAUUUUCCUAUAUUAAUAUGUACUGUGCAACAUGUAUUAAAAUUGUCAAUAAUUCAUUUUAGCCAAGACACUAUAUUACUGUGUUGAAGAGACAGUAUCCAACUGAGCCACUUUUAAUUUAAAAGUCUGAAACUGGAAUUAAGUUUACUUUCAAAAACCACUUAAAUUACUUUAUAAUCACUGGAAGGUCAAUAAAACAUAGAAUUAUCAGUGACUGGUCACUUAAUAGGAAGACGUAUGGAGGGGUAAGAAUAGGGAUAAGAAUCUGGAAUGAGUUAAUUUAUACUCAGAUGAGUGACUUCUUUUGUUUUCACCAUUGGCAAUCUUAAAUGAAGGAAAAUGUCUUUCUUCCAGAGUAUCUUCAUAUUAAUAAACUAAGUUUGAAGAUUGGAUGGAACCAACUCCAAGGAAUUAAUCUCCAAUGGUGGACUUUCAGAUUUUUUAGAUUAAACUUUGAGAGGUAGGAAUCCUUCUUGAUGCCCCUGUAAUCUUAAAUAGGCAGGUGCCUUGGAAUGGGGCCAUCCCUCUUUACCUGCCUGUCAUUUUAAUCUUUAUACUGUGGGUAAAUUUGGUUUCUUUGAACUCUGGCAUUUUGUUGUGGCAGUCUAUCAAACCUGCAGCUUUUUGCUAUAGAGAAUAUUAUCCAAAUAGAAUCUGGACAAUGCUGAACUAAAGCAAACUGUGAAACUACCUCUUAAAUAUAUUGUUUGCAAAUGCUGUGUGCUAGAGGAUUCACAUAAAAUUAUAUGAAAAUACUUUAUAACGAAUAAUACUAAGUGCCUCUAUAUUAGGAUUCUUCAGAAUGUAUUUUCAAUUUUUGCCACAAGGGGGAGAAGUUAUUUUUAUAGUAAUACUUACAAACAUUUUUGUUUGAUAAAAAUAGAACUCACAGAGCUUCUCUCUACUGAACAGCACCUAUGAACAUGUCGCUAUCCUAACUAACAGGAAGAGUGUGUGAGUGUGUGUGUGUGUUUAAGAUUCUGAAAGUCAUGUGUGAGAAGAAUUUCUGGGUGAAUUAAUGACACAAAACUAAAACAGUUUUGAAGAACAUAUAUGUGCACAGUGGACCCAGGAACUGGACAGACUUCGUCAUUAAAAUUGUUUUUUUAAUCAUUGAAUUCCUUUAUCAGCUCUUUAAGAAUAAUAAUCUAUUGAUUCAUUUUUUUGCUUUCUGCUUUUUAAAGAAAAAUUUUCGAAACAAUUUCUAACUUACAGAAAGGUUGUAAAUAUGGUACAAAUAAAAUUUUUCCACUUUGAGAGUAAGUUGCUGUCAUGAUGCCCCAUCACCCUGCAAUACUUUUGUAUUUCCAAAGAGAAGAAAUUCUCCUAUAUAGCCACAAUACAACCAUCAAAAUCAGGAAAUUAACAUUGAUAUAUUACUCCCAUCUAAUCCUAAGACCCCAUUCAGGUUUCACCAGUUGUCCCAAUAAUGUUUUAUAAGGAUCCACUUCAAAAUCAUGUGUUGUCUUAGGUUGUAGUGUCUCUAGUUUCUUUCACUCUGGAAUGAUUCCUCAGUCUUUCCUUGACUUUUACUACCCUUGGCACUUUUGUAGAUUAUAAGCCAGUUAUUAUGUAAAAUGUCCCUAAAUUUGGUUUAUCUGUUUCCUCGUGAAUAGAUUCCAGUUGCUUUUUUGGCAGGGGUAUUACAAAAGCAAUUCUGUGUUCUCAUUGCAUCCUAUGAGGUAGUGCACAAUUUCAGUGCACUAUUUCUGAUGAUACUCAUUUUGAUCACUUGCUUAAGGUACUACCUAUCAGGCUUCUUCACUGUAAAGUUACUUCCUCCCUUUGUAAGUAUUUUGUGAGGAGGUAGUUGAAGCUAUGUAUAUAUCCUGCUCCUAAUCAAAAUUUCAGGUUAUUAAUAUCUAUGAAUUCACGGUUUUCUAGUCAAUGGAUUAUAAUCUGUUAUUUAUUUUGAAUCUCAAAUCAUCCCCCAUUUGGUCAAUGGGAGCCCUUUCAAGUUGGCUCCUCUGUCCUUUGACAAGUUGCCAUCAUUUUUUAAGUACUUUCUUAGAUUUGGGCACACAGGUUUCUCCAAACUUACCUUGUACUUGCCUGCCCCAUCUUUGGAAUCAGCUGUUUCUCUGCCUUUUAGUGGAAAUUGGUAUUUAGAAACUAUAAUUUGUGCAUGAGAUGUGCUUAUAAUUGAGAUAUCGGUGCCACACUCCUCGGUGGAUGGUGCUCUAGGGCUUUAUGUGUGUAUAUACGUGUAUAAUGUUUUAAAUUUACAUACACACACACUUUACUGUGUGACACCCUUUUCACCUCAUUUGAGCUCCAGUACCCCACAUUGUAUUUCUCUCCUCCCCCAUGCAGGAGGGGGACUUCCUCACUCCACUCAGCGUCUGAGGCUUUGGCUUUAGGACAGGUUGGGGGAAUGAAAACAGUCAUUACAGAAAACAUGUAAAGAUUUUAAAAAUCUAAAUAAAAAUUACUCAUAAUUUCAUCAUUCAGAAACAA